UUUCUCAAUCUCUAUCUGGGGAGUUUGACACAGUGCAGAGCCCCUCCACACCAAUCAAAGAUCUUGAUGAGAGAUCAUGUAGGAGUUCUGGGUCAAAGUCUCGGGGUAGAGGGCGGAAGAAUAAUCCAUCACCCCCUCCGGACAGUGACUUGGAGCGAGUCUUUGUUUGGGAUUUGGAUGAAACAAUCAUAGUUUUUCAUUCACUGCUUACAGGAUCCUACGCACAGAAGUAUGGCAAGGAUCCACCUAUGGCAGUGACCCUUGGACUGCGAAUGGAAGAAAUGAUUUUUAAUCUCGCUGACACACAUUUAUUUUUUAAUGACUUAGAGGAAUGUGAUCAAGUUCAUAUAGAUGAUGUUUCUUCUGAUGAUAAUGGACAAGACCUAAGUACCUACAGUUUUGCAACUGAUGGCUUCCAUGCAGCUGCAAGUAGUGCAAACCUUUGUCUGCCAACAGGUGUAAGAGGAGGGGUUGACUGGAUGAGGAAGCUGGCUUUCCGCUACAGAAGAGUAAAAGAGUUGUAUAAUACUUACAAGAACAACAUAGGAGGACUCCUGGGUCCCGCUAAAAGAGAUGCAUGGUUGCAAUUAAGAGCAGAGAUUGAAGCUCUGACAGACUCCUGGUUAACAAAUGCGCUUAAAUCAUUAUCAAUUAUCAGCACAAGGAGUAACUGUGUAAACGUAUUGGUAACAACAACCCAGCUUAUCCCAGCACUUGCAAAAGUCCUGCUAUACAGCUUAGGAGGAGCUUUUCCUAUUGAAAAUAUUUACAGUGCAACCAAAAUAGGAAAAGAAAGUUGCUUUGAACGAAUAAUGCAAAGGUUUGGCAGAAAAGUAGUAUAUGUUGUAAUUGGGGAUGGUGUAGAAGAAGAACAGGCAGCAAAAAAGCACAACAUGCCUUUCUGGAGGAUAUCCAGUCAUUCGGACCUCUUGGCUCUCCAUCAAGCACUGGAACUAGAGUAUUUGUAA